CCUGAGCGAGCCAGGCGCUCCAGCCAACGAGAGAGAGGGGCCGCGUCGACGCGCAGUCGCCAGGUGAGGCAACUACGACGACGUGUUCGCCUCGUUACGCUCGGUCGGGGAACGCACGGUCAGUGCUGCACAGAACCUUGCGACUUUCGACGGCGCUCCGUCCGCGAGCGACCGAGGGGAAAGAACGAGAAAAAGAGAGACGGGGAGCAUCGAAGUAGCGUCCGCUGCCGCCGUCGAGAUCGAUUCUGCUCCGCGCGCUCCGUGAGCUCCGGUUUGCUUCUUUUUUUUUUUUUUAUUCUUUUUGGUUACUCCAGGUGUGCCGCCGUCAGAUCCAUAACCUCAAAUCGUCGCGAGAAAGAGAGAGAGAAAGAGAGAGAGAGAGAGAAAGAGAGAGAGAGAGAGAAAGAGAGAGAGAGAGAGAAAGAAAGAGGGAGAGUAUGUCGUGCGUGGCGAAUAAUCAGUGAGCGAUCAGUGAUAGGGACGCUCCGGCGUCGGGACGUCGCGCGAGUGCGUCAAAGAGCAGCGACAACGGAAGAGGGAGGAAGAGAGAGAAAUCAGACUUGGAAUAGGAAUCCAUUUUGGAGCCGCCAGGUGCGCUCCUACGGGAAUGAUGACGGGAACGAGGAUGGGAGGAACUGGGGGAGGAGGAGGAAAUAAUUCGCAAAAUAUCCUGGUCACCCUGUACGUGGCGACCGCCGGCCUCCAAGGAAACGCGCUCGGCUCCGACGAAGAGGAGAUCACGUUGCUCGUUUACGUGCUCAUCGAUGAACUGCAGAAUAAGGUACUGGGCAGGCAGCAAUACAUCGUGCGACCGAUGGUAAUGGAAGAGAAUUGCACGCCCGGGACUGGCAGCGACAACCCAGCGAUUGCCGGAAGUAGCGGGAUCAUUAGCGAGGCCGCGCUGGCACACGCACCAGCCUUGACCGAACGAAACCUCCGGGAGUACGGAAUUCCUCUACAGCAAGCUAUCGAAAAGUUUGAGACUUGGUGGAGCUCAAUGGCUGGCGUAACUUCCGGUCUUAAGCCACGGUUUGUUGUGGACGGUCAGGCAUCUAUGAGACAAUGCCUGCAUCCGGAGGCUUGCAAUAAGGAUAUCGAGCUACCGGAACAUUACAACUAUUUUCAUGAUCUUCGAAAGGACUUUGUAGAAUGUUAUUCGUCUCAUGGGGAGCUGUCGACCCUCGGAGUACAAGAAAUGUUGCAAUAUUUCGGAAUGCCAUCAGAUACUGACAAUGAUUUUCACGUCAAAGAAAUACAGGAUAUGGUCAACGUGAUACAGAGGAUGAUCAAGGACGGUCACAUCUUCAAAAAUCCAGAAGUAAUUAACAUUAUUCUAGAACCUGGUAUAUGCUCCAAGGAUGAGGAGGUGGACAAUGAUUGCGUAGUGAGAGCGCGCGGUCUCCCUUGGCAAUCUUCAGAUCAAGACAUUGCCAAGUUUUUUCGUGGGCUAAAUGUCGCAAAGGGUGGUGUAGCUCUUUGUUUAAGUCCUAUGGGAAGGCGUAACGGCGAGGCAUUGGUACGGUUUAUUAAUAAAGAACACAGAGAUAUGGCGCUGAAGAGGCAUAAACAUCACAUGGGUGCACGAUACAUAGAGGUUUACAAGGCCUCCGGAGAGGAUUUUAUUGGCGUUGCUGGUGGUACAAGCGGGGAGGCACACGCUUUUCUGUCACGCGGGGCUCAAGUCAUCGUUAGAAUGAGGGGCUUGCCCUACGAUUGUGUUGCUAAACAAGUGCUGGAAUUUUUUCAAUCUGGACAAAAACCAUGCCAAGUAUUGGAUGGUGAGGAUGGCGUGCUAUUUGUAAAGAAGCCAGACGGUAGAGCCACAGGUGACGCCUUCGUAUUAUUUGCGAAGGAAGAGGAUGCGGUGAAAGCCUUGAGCAAGCACAGAGACUGUAUUGGCAGCCGUUACAUAGAACUUUUUCGAAGUACAACCGCGGAAGUGCAACAGGUCCUAAAUAGGGCGACAGAUCCGAAACAAGUAAUACUACCACCACCGCCUAUCGCGCAACUUCCACCCUUACUUCCUCAACAUAUCAUAACGUCUGGUACGCGCAAAGAUUGUGUGAGACUUCGUGGUUUGCCGUACGAAGCACUCGUCGAACACAUUUUGGAAUUUAUGGGAGAACAUUCUAAAAAUAUCGUCUAUCAGGGUGUUCAUAUGGUAUACAAUGCUCAGGGUCAACCGUCUGGCGAGGCAUUUAUUCAAAUGGACAGCGAGGCAUCGGCAUACGCGUGCGCGACACAGCGACAUCAUCGAUACAUGAUCUAUGGCAAGAAGCAGCGAUACAUCGAAGUGUUUCAGUGCAGCGGCGACGACAUGAAUCUGGUAUUGACAGGUGCGGUAACACCGCCGUCGACCAAGGCACUACUAUCACCCGGUACGUUGACCACACAGUCCCCCGCGACCUUGACACAUCCGCCUGCGCCAACACCGGUGCCGGUACCGGUACCGGCCGCGCAGCCGCCGCCGCCUCCAUCACCCUUGUGGGACAUUCACGCUCUGGUACAGGCCCAAGCCGCUCAGGCCGUUCAGGCGCAGGCUCAGGUGGCACAAGCGCAGGCCGCCCAGGCGCAAGCUAUCAGGAAUCAAGAUCUAUGGUUGAUGGCUCUGGCAUCGAAUCCGUCUCCUACCUCGACUACCCAUUCACCCACUUCGGCAGUCGCCGCUGCCGGCCGCCGGCGCCCCCACCAGGCAAACACUCCGCUUCUUCAUGCCCCGCCGACAAGCCAGGCAGCAGCGGCGGCGGCCGCGGCGGCUGCGGCGGCUACGCCAUUUUUGCUCUUUAACGUUCCCCAUCAUUCCCGUAUUCCUAUUCUGCGGGCACCAGCGCCGCAUGGGCUGUUAACGCCUAUCAUGCCCACCGCGCCAACCUUGAAUCCGGCCGCGAUAAUGGGUCUGAAGCGAACGUGGGACGCUGCUUUCCCCGCUGACGCGACAGCGGGUACCGUUGCUGCAAAACGUACUUGGCAUACACCGGCAGCGGCGUUUCACGCGCCAGCUCCGACCGCGGCUCCGGGCUUGCCUUACCCAGCUCAGUUUUAUCCCCAGAUCUGAUGCGUUGCUGCAUCAAUCUCUAGCUUCGUUUUAUAGACUCUUCCUUGAGUUUCACGCGAUAAAAACGAAAACAUUUUCCUCGAUUUCUUCACUAAAGUAAGAAUUUGUUAUUCGCGUGGAAAUACGUAUGCUAUGCGGGAAUCGCCGUGUUACCGACAAUACGACUUACUUUUAACGGAUUUAUGUACAUUCUUAGCGAGUAAGCGUUGUAAUUAUUCGCGAUAGCUACGACAUUCCGUUUCAUAUUCCAAGUCUGGCAGAACGUCAUUUACAACGUUUGCCCAAUUGAUAAAAUGUACCUAACGUUUAGGUAUGCUUGGUACAAAUUCGGGCGUUACUUACACGACGGUACUUAACUCACAAGACGGUUUAUUUUUUUUAUCAUAAUGCAUUUAAGCAGCAAGUUUAAUCUUGGUAAGCAUGUUAAUUGUACUGAUAGUGGUAUAUAAAAUUCCAUUUAGCGUGCGUAUAUGUUCUUUUGUAAUCGCGUGUUCAUGAAGUACCUGUGGAAGAUCGCGCAGAAAAAAA